AGAGAGAGAGAGAGAAAAAGAAAGAUAGAGAGAGCGCGCCCGGACGACGACGACGACGACGACUACUACGAGGACAGGGGUACACGUCGUUCGAUCACACGAGUGUGCCCGGACGCCGUUGCGUUCGAGCACACGCCAUUCAUGAAGACAGCAAGCAGUUUUCAGAGAGGGAGAAAAAAAAUAUACAGAAGAAUGGACCACCUCUUUCUCCCCAUGGCAAGGUAUAUCAACGCAGAAGUAACGUGCGUCGCUUAUUAGCUCCCCUGGUCAUCUUCGAAGAGAGUGAGGGGUUUAUGCAGUUACUCAGGAUAAUGCUCUCUAAUUGCUUUCGUGAUCCAACUGCCCUCAUUGAUACAUUUCAACCCUCUUAAAACGAGCCACGUGUGCAUGUACGUCAGUUAUGUCAGUGUGCGAGCGUCCAGUCACGCGUGGGUAGCCCGUUGAAGUUUCGGGGCACCCUUUAUCCUCCCCCUCCCCCACCCAUCUCCACCCUAACCGAUUUCUUCCCCUUCGAUACAAUUGUGUUCGGUUGUACCUGCCGCCCCAGCAGGUACACACGCCAUUGGUUCCGAUACACCAUGAUACACACGGGCAGUAAUAAUGGCGGUGACGUGUAUCGUUGGUCGCAUCGCGAGCUCGGGGCUUCCCUUUGAUCUGCGGAUUAUUGAAUGCCACACCUGCGAGAAAUUGGUGAAAAUACAACACUAUCCCAUGAGCCAGGGUGUCUUUGAAAGAUUUCCUCAUGUAAAAAAAAAAGGCGGAUAUCAUGUUUUCAAAAAUUACUCGAGAUUCUCUCCUCUUCUUCUUCGCUCUUUUUUAGCGACAAAUUGAUUUAUCGACUGUACUGAAGCGCUUCAGGAUGAAUACAAUUUAUUUAUAAUCUUGUGUAUAUUAUAGAAUAUAUAUAAUUUUGCGUUCAAACUUCAAAGGAGAAAAUAAGAUCUAAAUGAUGAGUGUUAACUCGUCUCUCCAGCAGCGGGGAGAUAGUAUCGGUGGUGGUGAUUCAGUGGGUGCAGAGAGAGGUGAAGGAGUGAUUGCCAUGACUACGACAGGAGCCCAGUAUGCCCUCGCAGCAACAUCUACCGGAGCUAAUAACAGUGGGGGUAGCUCUGCAGCGGUAGGGGUGGAAUCUAAGCCAAGUGUGGUUGUCGUGACUACUACUUCCAGCUCCAGUGGCGGUGGUAGCGGAGCACAGACUCAGUCUGCCAGAGGCCAGCAACUUAUCACUGUUGUAACAAGUCCUGAUCCUUCCAGUCCAAAUAAUCUACAGCCUAUCCAGUUAUUGGUUCAGGAUCCACUUGAAACAGCUGCAGAUUCUUCCAACGGCUCGACAGGUACACCAGCACAUGUUACAGCGCAAGUAGUGGUAAAUACUACCCAUUCGGGUCAGCAUACUCUAGUGGAUUCUGACGCUGCUUCUACAUCAGCUGGUACUAUUGUCAGUGGUUCUCCACAUUACAUAACAGUUACAGGCACAAGUGAUUCACCAUCUUACGCAUCCCUCACAACGGCUGUAGUGUCCGGUGACGCAGAGGCGGUGGGGUCCGAGUCAGUUUCUCAUCCAACCUAUGUUCAAUAUGUUGAGGGGGAUGGCUCCACGUAUAUACCGGCGAAUGGCCAGAUGACAUAUCCUGUUUAUGCUGUUGGUGAGGCAGGAGCAAUGUACACUCCAGCUUCGAAUCAGUACUACACUCCAGCAACCACGCCAGUAACAUAUGCACAAGUCACAGGACAAGGCUCAAAUUCAGCUACCGGACAAUUAUUAUCACAGGGCAAUGGUACAUACUUGAUCCAACAGAGUGUAGUAGAUGGAGAUCCGACUACUCACGCCCUUAUAUCUGCGGCCGCCGCGCGCGCUAGCCCGCAAACGGAAACGGCGGAGGCUGUGGUUAGCGGGAGUGGCGGGGCGUACUUGAUCAGCGGUAAUUCUGGAGGUACCACUGUCACCGUGGAGGAAGCAGCGGCUGCGGCUGCAAAUAUGACGCAUGCCACUAGAGUUUCCCAGGCCACUGUGCAUUGGUUGCUGGAAAAUUAUGAAACUGCUGAUGGAGUGUCCCUUCCAAGAUCGACUCUCUACAAUCACUAUCUACGCCAUUGCUCCGACAACAAAUUAGAUCCCGUGAACGCAGCCAGUUUCGGGAAAUUGAUACGUUCUGUAUUCUUAGGACUGAGAACUAGGCGUUUAGGGACUAGGGGAAACUCCAAAUAUCAUUAUUAUGGAAUUCGCGUGAAACCGAGCUCGCCUUUACUUACAUUGAACGAAGAUGGCACGUCGAGACAACAGCAGAGCGCGAACUCUCAAGCCAAACGAUUUAAAUUCGUCAAUCAGAAGCAAGAGUCAUCCUAUAACGAAAAUAACGCGCAUGCCAAUACGAAUAUCUCCUCAAAUUCUUCGCCGCCGCAGUAUCAUCAGUAUCUCGGCGAAGCUAGCGGCGCCAUUCCCGAUUUUCCGGAGAUCUUUAUCGGUCACGAUUCUUCCCUGCCCGAAGAUUGCACUCUCGAGGACAUUGAUACGUUUCGUAGUAUAUACAGAGAGCACUGCGAAGCGUUUUUGGAUGCGGUGUUAAACUUUGAAUUUGCCACAGUGGAGAGCCUCUGGCGAGAAUUCUGGCGUAGCCAAGACAACAAUAAUGGUGACGAAUGUGAAGAGGAGAAAUAUUUAUCAAAGACAAAACUAUAUCAGAUGUGUAAAUGCAUAGGAGUACAAGACUUUAUCAAAAAAGUGGAUUAUACAUUCUAUCAGAAUCUAGUCGAAGUAUUAAUGCCUAAUGUAUUACGACCGAUACCAAGUUCGUUGACACAAUCUAUUCGAAAUUUUGCAAAAGGAUUGGAAUCUUGGUUACAAUCAGCAAUGGUCGGCUGUCCUGAAGGAAUGAUGCAAAUUAAGUUAACUGCAGUGUCAGCUUUUGCACAAACUUUAAGGCGCUAUACGUCAUUAAAUCAUCUUGCGCAAGCCGCGCGCGCGGUGCUCCAAAAUCCUAGUCAAAUCAAUCAAAUGUUAACCGAUUUGAAUCGUGUCGACUUUCACAAUGUACAAGAACAAGCAUCCUGGGUAUGCCAAUGUGAUUAUGGGAUGGUACAACGUUUGGAGGAGGAUUUUAAAUCAACGUUACGGCAACAAAAUUCUCUGGAAGAUUGGGCGAUCUGGUUGAAAGGAGUCGUGACUCAAGUUCUUAAACCAUUUGAGGAGAAGCCGACAUUUGCUAAAGCUGCACAGCAAUUUUUGCUCAAGUGGUCAUUUUAUAGCUCGAUGGUUAUCCGCGAUUUAACUUUAAGAAGUGCUGCGAGUUUCGGAUCUUUCCAUCUUAUCAGAUUACUUUACGAUGAGUACAUGUUUUAUUUAAUAGAACAUCAAGUCGCUAUCGCAACCGGGACUACGCCAAUAGCUGUAAUGGGAGAUAAAAGUCAAAAUUGUUCUUUAGUUAGUAGCUUUGGAGCAACAUCUAACGGAGAUGCGUCUAAUGCGAGCCAACCUAAACAUAAGCUAAGCUAACUGUGCCUUUAGUUUUGUGAGUAAACCGGUAUAGCACACACGAAAAUGCGAAGAUAUUAGCACGAAAGCAUGCAGGCCUACUUACAAGAACAUACUAGUCUCGUAAAUUAUUAUUUUGUAUAACGUCAAAUUAUACGACUAUAUAAGAAGAUUUUUGCAUAACACUCAAUGUAUACAAUUUAGAUAAGUCUGUGUGAUAUAGAGAGGUAUUGUAUCGUACUUCAUGAAGCCUUGUCUCAUAUACAGGUAUGGCGCAGGUUCAAGCUAUCGUUGGCACGAUGUUUAGUAUGUUAGUAAAUAUCGCGAAUCUAGUCGAAACAUCUUUGGAAAAAAAAUGGAAGAGUAUACGGGACCAUGAAUUUGUCAUGUCCUCAUUAGAAUAUGUAUGAAAAGCCCACUCGAUCAUGUUUUCCGUGAAUCAUUCAACGCAUUUCUGAAAGUAUGAUUUUUUAAAUGUUUCUAUAUAUUAAUAUAUAGAUUAAAUAUUAAUUAAUGUAUAAGUCUGUAAUAAUUUGCAUGAUAAUUAUACAUAAUUAUUAUAUAGGAUAUAUAUACAGGGUGUCUCACAUCCUUCGUACAGUACUUUAAUAUAGUGUAUUCUAGAGAUAAAAUAGAGUCAAAAAUUCUAAUACGAAAAUUUUGAGACUACAAGUUUUUGAAUUAUAAGCAAUCAAAGUUUGCCAAUGAUAUCGCGUAAAGCUCGCGCGCUCAGAUCCGUAACUAUACCUACACGCGUACCGAUCUGUCAUUUGUUAUUGAUUUUAUAAAUCAAGUAAUAUUGAUUUUUACCGCACAGCUGAUUUUAUUGUUUCUUAUGUGUAUGAAUACUAUGUACGACGAUCAGCUGAUAUUAACGAACUAUAAAUGUUGUAUGUAAAAUAUUUAAUUUUUUCUUAAAUAUAUAUAACAAUUUAAAUGGUUG